AUGCUGACUGAUCCUAAUGAUGAUAGUAAUAUAACAAGCCUCUCUCAUGGCAGUGUCGGUGCUUUUUCGGACUAUUCAAAGACGGGCUUGUUGAGUGUUCUGCAUGACCUGCAGGAACAGCUGGCUGACAGGGAUAGAGACUGUGAAUUGGCUGCUAACGUGGGCCAGUCUAUGCUGGUGGACAUACAACGGCUUCAGAAAAGAAUAACUGAGCUAGAGUCGUUGCAGCUUUCAGAUCCAAACAAACUUCUUUUGCCUCCUAUCGCUGCUGCUGCAGAUCUAUCUGUUGACAACAAUUCCACUCCAAAAACUACUUCAUCAGUUUAUACAAAUGAUGAUACUAUUACUCCUAAAGCUCAAUUUUCCAAACCUACUUUUCUGACAUCUGCUUCAGAUGCUGCAUUCCAGCGUCCAGUAAGUGCCAGUGCCAGCAUGAAGCGAAUUAAAAAACGUGUUACUGCCAACCAGAAAUCCCUCCAUACUUUGCCGAAUUUGGUAUCUACAGCCUCAUUGCCUCAACAGAGAUAUAUUGGCGAUUCUAGGAUAGCAGCUACGGAUAAAAAACCAUCUACUUCAAACUCUGCAGGCAUUAAAUUAGAUGCCUCUUUAGCAUCAGAAAUCGAAAUGUCAUUAGUGGUUCAAACUCGUGAGCUACGAUUUCGUGUUACCGAGGAGCAUACCAAGCGAUGCAAUGCAGAGACCAAGUUGAAUGCGUUGCAGGCAGAAUACGACACUCUUAAGCAAAAAAACGAUCAGCUGCAAAAAAGUCAGAUUCAAAAUGCCGAUACUACAUGGAAUCUACAAGUCGAGUCAUCUGAGCUUCAAGAUCACAUUACAGACUUGACAGAGCAAGUAGAAAAACUUGCACGAAAUGAACGGUUGCUUCAAGCAAAGUUUACUCAGCAAAAAGAAUUGGUUGAAUCAACCUCUGCCAAGGAACAGGAACUGACCAAGGAAUGCGAAUCACUCAAAGCAGCAUUAGAUCUGGAACAUCGUAAAAGUCAAAGAAAAAUUGCAGAACUGCAACGAGAGCACGCUGAUACACUCAAAAAACUGGAAGAUGAACGUAGAGCACUUGUUGAACCAAAAUAUCCUUCUUGGCGGAAACAUGCGACUUUAGAGGAAAGAUCAUCCACUCACCAGCAAGGUCAAGAGUUUGACAGCUUGCCAGUUCUUGAUAUUCAUUUACAAAAAAAUAGCAUGGAGAAUACUGAUAUUACUGCUGACAAAAAGAAUACGUCUCAAUACCCAGAACACCGUCUUAGCAAAGCUCAUUCAAUUGGAGAUGCGAGAUUACUUGCAUUACAGCAAUCACAAUCUGAUAUGGAUGCCGCUCUUGUUCGAGUUAAAGAUAUUUCUGAACAUGCAGAUAAUAUUUCCAAGGAACGAAAUGAGCUUGAGGUUAUGCUGGAGUCUACUCAGAUGGAAUUACAGCACACUCGACACCUUUAUCAGGAAUUACUAGAAAAGUCAAGUCUUCAAGAUUCAAAUCAAGCCAAUCUUUUGAAUCAAACUUGUAAUGAAUCUCUAUAUUGGUCGAUUACAGACAAGACUCCGAUUUGUCAUUCUUCCGAGGUAAAAUCGGUGCUUUCUAAUCAAAGCAUCUCUACACAAACUGAUAUACGCGAGGUUCACGAUGUCGCUUCCCAGAUCUUAAUUCCAGACUCUGGCCAAGACUCCAUUACUCAUACUUCAUCGUCGCCAGUCGAUUGUACGUUGUCAUCAUUCUCAUUGCUAGACAGUCUCGAGUUUCCCAAUCAGGAUGAUUUGUCGUGCUCUUCCCACGAACCUACUGCCAAUAUGCAUAUAGAUUCUGCCAAAAGUGCUUUGAUUGAAAAAAGCAACACGGAUCAAUUCAAAGAUGAUGAUAUCAGCUCUAUUUCUGCUGGUUCAAGUCAAAUGGCCAGUGAGGCUUUGGUUGAAACUUCAAGUCAUAUAUCUGCGUGGAAUUCUGCCAAUCCGGAUGUGAAUGGGAUUAUGCAAAUGGGUGUUGAUUGUGUCACUUUUACCAUGAUUGGUAGCUAUUUCCAUAAAUACAAUCGAUCUGGAAAAAAGACACAGUUGCGAUAUUGUUGGAUUCAGCCCAACACAAGAUGUAUUCAUUGGACUGAAAAGGAUCCAAGCCAAGCAUUCCGUCGAGGACUUAAUGUAAAGGGCGAUCGGUCACUCUAUAUUGAAUCAAUGCAAUGGACAGAUCCACCAUUGACUAUUGUAAAAAACUUUCCUCCUACUGAAACAAACGCCAUCAUAAUCAACUCGCCGUCUCGAUCGCUAAAAUUGGUUCCGUUAUCUUGGGAAAACCAUGAUAAAUGGAUCUCUUCGAUUAAACUAUUGAUACUAAAAACGCGACCCUCGGUUGUUCCAUUGCAUCAGCAACUUUUGAUGAGCGACCAUAGUGACGAGGUUAAAAACAGCAGUAACCUGAAUGGUGCUAGCAUAAAAAAUGAUAGUCAUGAUGACCACAAUCGAAAAGGAUUUGAUUACAAUGUCUGUGAUGAACAUGGCAAAAAUGACCCAUGCCAGACUUUUAAUCAUGCAUCUAGACAUCGUCAACAAAAGUAUGUUGGAGACGAUGGCACCAAUGCUGCCACGAUUCGUUCUGCGCACAGUAGUCCAAUAAAAGCUUCUCUUGAUGCAAAUAAACAUCAUCGAGAAAGCACAGGCAGAGGCUCUAUUUUUAAACCCAUGAAGGAGCAUCGACGCAUUCAAACAAUGGGCAGCAUUUCCAAUCUUGGGGCUCAACGAGACGCAUCAUACCGUCCUUUGUCAGCUUUAAUGAAACCCGAUGGUAUUGACUGCCCAUCUACUCCAAUCAAAGACUUGAAUCAAAAAGAAAGUGCUUCUUCUGAACUGUCAAGUACUUAUAAGCUAUUUUUACCACGUACUCCAACCCGUACGCAAGAUCUCUCUAUCAAUGUAGAAUCUCCCAGUAAGCCGCCCAAUUCUGCUUCAAGAAAAAAUACAUACUUGCCACAACGCACUCCGUCAUCUCACAAGGGAAUGUUUUCCAAAAUGAGUCUUGAUCGUAUUUCUCUUUUUAAUAGCGGCUCUGGAACUAGUCGGCCUUCUACUCCAUCAGGCCACAGGAAUGACUCUGAUGUAUUGAAUUGA